AUGACCCAAUCUUCGGUAUUUGUUCACCACAGUUCAUUUAAGGUCCUAAAAUGGGCACAGCUGACUAUUCAAGGGAAGAUUAGGACAAUUCAGUUAGAGUAUACAGAUGCAAAAGAGAGUCAAAGCCCCCCUUGCAGCUUAAGGCUUCAGAAUUCAAAAGGAAUGGAGAAGACUUUGACGCCAUACUUUGAGCUGACAAAUGUAAGUCUGGUUGUACGGAUUGGUGACUUGGAGCUCUUUAGGACUGUUGCAGAGAAGUUUGCUAGCACCGUCGGUACUGACAAGACGCACAAUCUGAUAGAAUGCCUGCGGCAUAAUGUCAUCAGAACUGGAUUACGCAACAUCAGUGCCUCUUAUUCACGCAUUUCACUUGCUGACGUAGCUGAAAAAUUGAGGUUGAACUCUGAAACUCCAGUUGCAGAUGCUGAAAGCAUUGUCGCGAAGGCUAUCGGAGAUGGUGCAAUAGAUGCUACAUUGGAUCAUGCCUUAACAUGCACAAUGAAGCACAGUUCGGGCCUUGCAUUUUCCACCAAACACACAUAA